UGAGAAAGGAUGCAUGAGCGUAAGCGACUGAAUGUUUGGAAAUGCUUAAUGAAACACAGGAUGUGGUGCAGGAGCCUGGCGUGUCUGUUCAAGGUGCCGUGCCAGCUGAGUGGAAGCACUAGACAUCGCUCGCCGUGGCUGCCCUGUGACAGAAGGACCGUCCUCACCGCUGCGGCUCGCUGGCAUCACACGGCCCCAGAGUCCCUCAAGUGUGCCUGGCAGUUACACGGUGACCAUCUAGAGCUCAGGUAUGCGAACACACUGAUGCGAUUCGAUUUUGUCUGGCUGCGGGACCACUGCCGCUCAGCUUCCUGCUACAAUGCCAAGACGAACCAGCGCAGCUUGGACACAGCUAGCGUGGACCUGGGAAUCAAACCCAAGGCUGUCCGAGUGGAUGAGACCACNCUCUUCUCCCCCGUCAAAGGGCCGGACGGGCACGUGACGCGGUACGGGCUGGAGUGGCUGGUGAAGAACAGCUACGAGGGGCAGAAGCAGCAGGUCAUGCACCCGCGGAUUCUCUGGAACGCAGAAAUCUACCGCCAAGCCCAGGUCCCGUCCGUCGACUGCCGGAGUUUCCUGGAGACGGACGAGGGACUGAAGGAGUUCCUGCAAAACUUCUUGUUGUAUGGGAUUGCUUUUGUAGAGAAUGUCACUCCCACCAAAGAGGACACAGAAAUCUUAGCGGAAAGGAUCAGCUUAAUCAGGGAGACCAUUUACGGUAGAAUGUGGUACUUUACCUCCGACUUCUCUCGGGGAGACACUGCCUACACCAAGCUGGCUCUGGAUCGCCACACCGACACAACCUACUUCCAGGAGCCCUGCGGCAUCCAAGUGUUUCACUGCCUGAAGCACGAGGGCACGGGUGGGCGGACGCUGCUGGUGGAUGGUUUCUACGCGGCAGAGCAGGUUCUCCGGCAAGCCCCUGAUCAAUUCGAGCUGCUCAGCAAGGUGCCGUUGAAGCACGAGUAUGUUGAGAACGUGGGAGACUGUCACAACCACAUGAUCGGAGUUGGGCCGGUCCUCAAUGUCUAUCCCUGGAACAACGAGCUUUAUCUGAUCAGAUACAAUAACUAUGAUCGUGCUGUCAUCAACACCGUGCCUUAUGAUGUUGUGCAUCGCUGGUACGCUGCUCACCGCACACUCACCACAGAGCUCAGGAGACCAGAAAAUGAACUGUGGGUCAAACUGAAGCCGGGCAAGGCACUGUUCAUAGACAACUGGCGCGUCCUGCAUGGACGGGAAGCGUUCACAGGGUACCGCCAGCUCUGUGGCUGCUACCUGACGAGAGACGAUGUGCUGAACACCGCGCGCUUACUGGGACUCCAAGCUUAGCCCAGACCACCCUCCGCGGAGAGGCAGUCAGAACUCCAGCACCACCAUGCUGGUGCGUCACCACGAUGAAGAUAUUGCACAUACCUCAGACACCUCCACCCUCUCCACGCAGUUCUCGGUGCCUGCUCAGGAGAGGGAGCAGGUGGAAGCCAAAGGUUAUGGGAGCUUUAUGGGACCGUAUUCUGCCUUUGAGCAUGGUCGGCUCUUGCUGUCUGUGCAGCCAGCCUGGUCUUUCCAGCCAGCCAGUCUGCCUCAGCUCUGCUGAGUGAGGGUUAAUCACACCGUGGGAAGUGCUCCCAGCACCUGUUGAUGUGAAGUGCUCCUCCAAUCAAGUGCCUUCAGGAUUUGAAAUCUUUGCGUUUUUCCCUGUUGUUCAGCCUUUUGGUCAGCUGGCAGUUCUAGGGGUUUUUUAGCAGAGCAGAAUGGAAAUCUUUGGGGUCUUGUCUCACCCCAGACUGGACUUUACCCCUUCUAGAGAAAAUGAAAGUGUACGGUCCCUAUUUGAUGAAAAUGCCACUACUCAAACUGAGGGGCGUUGGCAUAUUUCGGUGACUUCUUUCUUCUUAAACAUACUCCGUACCCCUGUAACAGUCACUGAUACGAGCCAUGCUGCUUGGGAGAUGACCUGGAAAGAGAACCUGGUAUAGUUAGGGUAUUUCUGAAAAGGUUUAGGUUAGAAGGAAAGGGGGAAGUAGCAAGAUCUGCAUGUUGGGAAGGAGAGAUGACUGUGUUAGAUGAGGAAUAUAUUUCUCGUGUUUCCUUGACUUCCAGUAAUGUAAUGCUUGUGUUCUUUCUGCCUGUUGCACUGUGCUUGUAUCAAGGGCGAAGGCCCAGUAGCUACAGUAUUUGCUGACGAAUUUCGCACUGUGCCUGCUCGUUCAUCUUUUCUGAAGAAGGAAUUUGUGUUAGGUCAUCAUUACACUGGCUGCUGGAUGAGGCUGACUGGUUUGUUGGUUUUUUUUUUUCCCCACCAGAUUCUCCUGAAUAUGAAGGUAAUGAGCACAGAGGUGCCUUUCAGCUCCUGGUAGCUGGGAGGAUAAACUGGAGUCUGGCACAUUGAAGGGCCACAGUGUAAGGAACAAAAGCAAAUCCUAUCAUUAGUAGAAACAUCGGAAUUUUAGAACCAGGAGGAGGGUAUUUUAGGAUUUGUUUAUUUUUCAUUCUUCCAUAUCUUUGGGGGUGUUCACUCGGCUCUGACUAGACCUUAAAACGGGGCUGGUCCCUUUCACUCUUGGCUUUCCUGUGCAAGCAAGAUGCUCUUGUGUCCAAGGUACAAGUGCAGCGCAGAUGCGUAUGUGCUAAACUUGCUGCCCUCAUUUAAUCUAAAUACUGAAUAUAUAGAUCCUAGUGUUAAGAGACGCUCUUGAAAGCUUCUCUUCAUGUGGACUGAGCUGCCUGACGCUGUCUCUCACAGUAUUUCCCGUCUGCAGUGAGCCACUGCUGCAGUCAUCAGGAGUUGGAAGGGGUUUCUGAAUGAGGGCUUGGCAGGAAGCUGUUGAUCAGAGGGUAUGCGAGGAAGUGAAACACGAGCAAUGCUGGCAGG